AUGCCACCGGGCCGGUCCUUUCUCGACCUUCCAGGCGAGAUCAGGAACCUCAUCUAUGGCUUCUGCAUACCUUCAAACUGCACCGCGGACUUGGACACCAACGCCGACUGCAUUUCUCUCAGCCUCUCCCUGGUUAACCGCCAAACCUAUCGCGAGACGCGUUCGUUCAUUUACGAACAAGUCAAGUUCAACUUCAAGAGCUCUCUGGACGACGAGAUCUUGAAUCGGGAUGAUACCCUUAGCCCGGAGGAGCAAGUCCUCCCGGACGAGGAACUCAUCACCUUCUUGAAUCAAAUUGGCCCCCGUAACAGCAGAUGGAUCACGGAAAUCGGAAUCCCAUUUCCGUCCACGAAAAGGAGAGAUGAGACCGUCAGGCUAGACAGUGUCACCGGUCGUGCCCUCAGAAUGCUUCAAGAUUACUGUCCUAAUCUGAAGAAGCUUAACCUGGGGUGCACGUCGGUUAUCUCUCAGAAUGGGAUGCUCGCUUACCACUUCCUUUGCUCGGAGGGAGUCCAUGCGAAGGUGUUGGAUCUGGUCUUUUCUCGUCUCAGGGCGUUUCCGUCGGAACUGGAGGUCGUCUUCAAUAUCUUCACGCACUGUGACUGUCUGUACAGGGAUGAGUUCACAGCGAAGAUAGCAGCUUACGGAUGGACGGUCAAUGUCCUUCGCGACGAAAAUGCCAUUGAGGAGGAGAUGUUCCUGCCUCUUUACCUCACUGGCAGUUCUGGUUCCGACUCUGAGGAUUCCGAAUAUGACGAUAUCGACUUUGAUCUAUGA